AUGGGAGGAGGAUCACGGCAGAACCAGCGAUCAAACCGGACGAGAGCGAGAACGGCCGGGCCGGCAGCAACCUGCGGCGCUGCCGGUGGUCGAAGGACAAGCGGGGGAGGCGGACUACGAAAACCAGCAACAACGAGAGACUCGUCUGCUGCCGCUGGUCAUGCUUCAGGCACCGGUGGGGUCGGUGUCAAAAUGAAGAAGAGCGACGUUCGGUUUGGGAACAAGGAAGGAGGGGGGACGAACUUUGGGUCUGAGGAGAGGUUUGCCUGGCAGAAGUGCAAGUACGCCUCGGAUGCCAUGUACACGAUACCGGAUGUCAAGGCUCCACCUUUCAGCUUUGGGACAAGCACCCGGGCCGACUGGAAGAAGAUCAUGGAGAACACCAAAGACCUCUACAAUCCAAACUCCGGCCCGGCGAACUACAAAACGGGGAACGAGUACGAGGUUCUGUCAGAGUCUCCCAGCAGAAGAGAUAUUACGUUCGGUACGGCGGCGAGAGAAAGCAUGGACUUGAUGACAGCCUCACCAGGAGUCCUCUACAACGUUGAUGGAGUAUUCCGAAACGGCCCGGUGAAGGGCAAGAUUCUUCCAGGAUUCAACCUUGACACGCGGAAGCCGCUAGCGGAAAACACGAAGUCCUCGACGGCCGCCAUGUACUCGCCCAAGCUCGCGAGCAAGGGCGGUGCUGUUUGGUUCGGAGAAAAGGAGCAGGAGAGAUUUCAGGGGACGAUCGAAGGGAUCGGGCGACGAUCACCGGGACCAGUUUAUGACGUUGCGAAGUAUGGAGGCCCAACAGGCCCCAAGUUUUCGUUCGGGGCGUCGCGGAGGGAUCGUUGGGGCAACAUGCGGAUGCCAACCAUUGCGUAG